GGGACGAAACCAAAACCACGAUUCACAACGUCAGAACAGGCCACGUUACAGAUCUAGAGGCCAGGUUUGUGGAUGAACAGUGAGGUUCUUGGGACAAUAUAAGUAAUUAACUCAUCAAAUUAAGAUCCAGGUUGGGAUCAUCACAGUCCUGCUACAGACAUGUUUGUGCCAAGAUCUGUGUCCGUCAAGAAGACCACCAGACCUGUUCAACCAAAACCACUGCCUAUCAAAAAGGUACAACAACAGACAGAUCCAACAACACAAUCUGAGAAUACAGCAAACCCUUCAUCCAGUGUUGCAUCCACAACAACAUGUACCUCAGAAAACGUUGGCAGACAAACAGAGUUAGGAAGUGAGCAACCUCAGGGUAACACUGCUGAAAUAGACCUUUCAACAUCUCUGAAAGGUGACUGUUCAGAAGAUGAGCAAGGUGUGUCAAAGAAGUAUGACAGUGAUGAUGAAGAUGAACCCAUCGUGUCCUUCAGUAAGAACCAGCGCUGGCCAGAGGAAGGGGAGCCGGUUUGCGUGGUUUGCGGCAGAUACGGGGAGUACAUCUGUGACCAGACUGACCGGGAUGUAUGUAGUUUAGAGUGCAAGGCCAAACACCUGGCCCUCGUGCACCACAAAAAACAGUAUCUUCAACCUGAGGCAUCAUCGAGUAGGGAAGAAAGAGAAGAAACUGACAAUAGUCUUUCUGAGUCACAGAAUCUAUACAAAGAGCACUCCACAUUAUCACAACUGAGUAGUGAACAGGUCGAAGAAAUCAGGAAGCAGCUCGGAAUUGCUGUGAGAGGGAAAGAUGUUCCUAAACCCGUCUUGGAGUUCUUUCACUGCAGGUUGAACGAUACGGUCAGCGCGAACAUGUCGGCGGCCAAGUACGAGAUGCCGACGCCUGUUCAGAUGCAGGUGCUGCCUGCAGGGAUGAUGGGAAGGGACGUGAUGGCAGCGGCACCGACUGGAUCAGGGAAAAGUUAUAACCACACGUCCCGGUCCAACCCCGAUGUUCCAACACCCCCAUGUUCCAAUGUCACCAUGUUCUGA